AUGGUGAAGAAGGCCAACGAAAAGUGGAGAAUCUGCAUCGACUUCACCGACUUAAAUAAGGCCUGCCCCAAAGACAGCUUCCCCCUACUGAGGAUCGACCAACUCGUCGACGCAAUGGCAGGACAUGAGCUACUGAGCUUCAUUUAUGCCUUCUCAGGUUACAACCAAAUCCGGAUGCACCCGAAUGACCAGGAGCGGACAACUUUUAUCAUCGACCAUGACCUAUACUGCAAUAAGGUAAUGCCCUUCGGCCUCAAAAAUGCUGGUGCCACUUAUCAACGUCUAGUGAAUGAGGUAUUCGAAGAACAGUUCAGCCGGAAUGUAGAGGCGUAUGUCGAUGAUAUGCUCGUGAAGAGCAAGAAGGCCGAGCAUCACCAGGCCGACCUUCACGAAGUCUUUAACACUCUCAGAAAAUACAAGACGAAGCUAAACCCAACCAAGUGCGCUUUCGGGGUCGGCUCCGGCAAGUUCCUAGGGUUCAUGGUAAUACAAAGAGGGAUCGAAGCAAAUCCAGAGAAGAUAAAGGCCAUCCUUGACAUGCCAUCCCCCCGGACCCAUAAAGAGGUGCAGCGACUCACUGGGAGAAUAGCUGCCCUCAGUAGAUUUAUGUCUAAAUCUGCGGACCGGUGCCUCCCUUUCUUCAAAGCACUUAAAAGGCCAAAAGAUAUCCACUAG